CUUCUGUUUUUGCAACCCGUCAGUAAAACAAGAGAAGAAGAAAAAGGAAGACGGUUUAGCUUCUCCGCCGUGUCAAACUGCUGUCUUUAAACGAUUCUAUCGGUGUAUUAUUAGGAACACGUACGUACUGUUUAGACUUUUAAAGGUUAUCAAAACAGAAAUCUUGAAUAUUUAAAAUUGGACCUAAAGAUUAAAACAGGUAGUAGCUAACUGCUAGCAGCUAACAUUAGCCACAGCUAGCGUCGGUUAGAGCUCUGUUGCCCUGGCAACGGACAAGAAGAGCAUCACGAACCGACUCCCCGAACCUCAUUUAGCUGUUUUUACCAUUAUUAUUUUUUAAACGAAAGUCUCCGGGAUGGCUGAAGAGGGAAGACGCGGAGAGGAAGAGGACCGGGGCCCCGGAGCGGCUCACCGGGGGUUUGUGAUGAUGGAGAACCUUCUGGAGAAGCUAAAGCUGCUCAACUACGAGGAGGAAGUUCUGGUGAAACACAACAUGAAGAGCCUGACCAGGCAUUACUUCGUCUCCAGUCCGUACCUGGCGUCCAACCCCGGCGAGCAGUUCUACAUGUUCACCAUCAUCGCUGCCUGGCUCAUCAACGCGGCGGGGCGCCGCUUCACCGAGCCGCAGGAGUACGACGAGCCCAACGCCACCGUGUCCAACAUCCUGGCCGAAGUCAGAGCCUUCGGCGUGAAGGUGGACUUCCCUCCCUCCAAGCUGAAGUCGGGCUCCGGUGAGUUCGUCUGCUUCGUGUUGGACCGUCUGGCUGAGGAGGCGCUGAAGAACAGAGGCUUCGCCUUCAGACGGCCAAACUACCCUGCAGAAAACACGGAGGAAGAGUCGGUGAUGGACGACGACGCGGAGCUGACGCUCAGCAAGGUGGAGGAGGAGAUGAUUGAGGAAGCCGACGAUGAGGAGGAGAACAUGAUGGACCUGGAGGCGCUGAAGCUGCGCAACGCUCACGCUGAAGCAGAACCGAGCUCCAAGCCGGACGACAUCCUGGAGUCCACGGUGGACGCCGCGGAGUGGAGGCUGGAGGUGGAGCGGGUUCUGCCGCAGCUCAAGGUCACCAUCAGGACCGACCACAAGGACUGGAGGAUCCAUCUGGACCAGAUGCAUCAGCACCGAGACGGGAUCAAGACGUCGCUCAAAGACACCAAGAUGGUUCUGGACGGACUCACCUGGUUCUGGACAGGUUCACCUGGUUCUGGACGGUCCGUUCUGGUCAGACCCAGCUGGUUCUGGACAGACCCAGGUGGUUCUGGACGGACUCACUUGGUCCUGGACGGUCCGUUCUGGUCGGACUCUCCUGGUACUGGACGGUCCGUUCUGGUCGGACUCUCCUGGUACUGGACGGUCCGUUCUGGUCGGACCCAGCUGGUUCUGGACAGACCCAGCUGGUUCUGGACGGACUCACCUGGUUCUGGUCGGACUCUCCUGGUUCUGGACGGUCCGUUCUGGUCGGACUCACCUGGUACUGGACGGUCCGUUCUGGACGGACUCACCUGGUUCUGGUCGGACUCACCUGGUUCUGGACGGACUCACCUGGUUCAGAACUCACCUGGUAAUGGACGGUCCGUUCUGGUCGGACUCUCCUGGUACUGGACGGUCCGUUCUGGUCGGACUCUCCUGGUUCUGGACGGACUCACCUGGUUCUGGACGGUCCGUUCUGGUCGGACUCACCUGGUACUGGACGGUCCGUUCUGGUCGGACUCUCCUGGUCUGGACGGUCCGUUCUGUGAGGAGCUGGACAAGGUGAAGCAGGAGAUGGAGGACAAAGGCAGCACCAUGUCUGAUGGAGCUCCGGUGGUGAAGAUCAAGCAGAGCCUCACCAAGCUGAAGCAGGAAGUGGUGCAGAUGGAUGUGAGGAUCGGCGUGGUGGAGCACACGCUGCUGCAGGCCAAGCUCAAGGAGAAGUCCAACAUGACGCGGGACAUGCACGCCACCAACAUCCCUGAUUCUGCCGCCGGAACCUUCACCUAGAACCGCCCAGGUUCUGCUCCUCACAGCGGCGCCGGGAGUCUCUCUGGCCCAGCAGCUCCUCCGUCAAAUACGCGUUUUAUUACAUAAAUACAGAUAUUUAUUGAAUUGCUUUAUAUAUUUGAUACUGUUCUUGUUUAAAUAAACAAACAUCUUUUUCUAAAUGA